UAGCAUGAAAGUUUUUGAGAAAUUACUUCUAUCUCUUAUUUAACUAUUUUCAGUUAGAUUUAGAUGAUUCCGCUCCUGUAUGUCUUUGAGUAGAUGACUAGAAACUGCGAUUUCAAGGGAUUUCUCUCAAGAUGGCUUCUCUGCUACAACAACUAAGGAGAACAGUAGCAAUUACAGCUCAAAUCACCCAGCAAGUACACAAAUGUAUUCUUCCAUCCCUUCAUCCUUCAACAGUAAGACUGUCUGACCAGAUAAUUCGAGACUAUUCCUCUAACUCUGUGAAGGCUUUACGUAAGAGAGAUAUCAGGGAUGACCACCCAGCCAAAGUGUAUGAUCCAUACUUUCAGCCUCAGGAUCAAUCACCAUACAAACUACCUGAUGUUAGUAGGCGCUAUGGUUACAAAGUGAAAGUUCACACAGGAGGCUUAUUACCUCGAGAUGAUGCUAAGCUGCACACAAUGCCAACAUAUAUACCUAAAGAUGCCUGGGACCCAAAGAGGGCUCUGUUUGGCCAGAAUGACUACAUAGAUAUAUUAGGAGACGGAACGCUCCAUCCCAGGGAUCUUGUGAAAGGACCCAUCUGGCUUCGUGGUUUCCGUGGAAAUGAGAUGCAAAGACUUAUACGAAGAGUAAAAAUGAACAGGAAAAAACUUCAUGACACUUUUCCGAAAAAGUUACAUGACAUCCAAAAACGUAUUAAAUUUUUGCACAAGCGCUAUAAUCAUAGACGUCUUAGGUCUAACUUCUGGAGUGGAACAACCGGAGGAAAAUAAGAAUAUUCUAAAUUAUCAAACCAUACUCUCAAUUAUAAGUCUGUCACAAUCAUGCUGGAAAUUAGAACUCAAAAUGGAACAUUGCCACCAAAAGCUUUUGUAUGAUUCCCAAGUGAGUUGCUGCUACCAUGGAUAUGAUGAUGUCAUAGUUAGAGAGCAAUCCUUAAUGAAGGGGUUUGGUA